UAUUGAUCUCCCAAAUUAUUUAAAUAGAGUUCCAGUUAGUCAGCAGCAUUAUAUAAAUCUCUCCAGCAGCCAAAACACAUCAAAAACAAAAGUUGAGCCACUCUUCUUUUUUUUUACCUUGAAAGCGUUCUCGAUAGGAAACAAUGGCGGCGGCAGUGGUACUGAGAUGCAUCAGUAGUACGAAGGUAAGGACAUGGAAAAGAUGUUCGAAGCAGAUAAAGGAGCAAAGAGCUCGUCUGUACAUCAUUUGGAAAUGUGCUGUCUUUCUUCUCUCCUCCUCCCAUGAUUGAGAUCAAUCAAUCUCCUUCUUGCUUAAAUGUACUAGUUUAGUUCCCAGAGAGAAGGGAAGAUAUAAUGUAUAUUCUAUUGUGAUCAUCGAUCGAAAAUUGUUAUGUACAAUCAUUUGAUCAUAGAAAUAAUUAAAACUAA